CUUAUAGUCAUUAUAAGUAGCACCUAAUAAAAAAUAUGACAAUGGUAUGAGAUUAAUGAAUUGAGUAUAUCUGUGUGAAUGUUUUUUUUUUCUCUUAGUAAUUAUCAUUGAGUGGUUAUGCAAAGUAUUAAAUAUGAUAAAUAAUAUAUUAGAUAUGUCACUAGCUCUCGGGGAAGAAGAAGUUGGUGGGUGCUCAUGAUCUGGAGUCGGGUUCCUUUCCGGGGGAGCCAGAGUUAGAAGUUUCAACAACGUUCAAAGACCGUAUCUACCAACCUUGGAAAAAGAAGUUGGUGGUUCGUCUGUUGGGGCGUUAUGUGUCUUACUCUUACUUGUGCUCCUAACUCAGAUGGAAGUGGAGACCUUUGGGUGCCAUGGAUAUAAUGUAUCUCAACAACAUCAAAUUCUUGGUAACUUUUACGAAUGAUCAAGAUUGUCUUAGAGCAUUUACAAGAGGCCCUUAAAUCAUUCUAGAUCACUAUCUAGUGGUUCAUCAAUGAUCCCCUUUGUUUCGAACUUUGGAUAAGCCGUAUCGAUCGGUGGUGGCUUGGGUUCAGCUCCUAGAGCUUCCAAUCCACUUCUAUCACCCAUAAGUACUUUUUGCUUUGGCUAACUGAAUUGUACACAUUUUACCAUCAUAUUCUUUAGAUGUUUGAGGAAUUUUCACUAUGUGAGGUUCAGUUUUACGCUAGGUUGUGCUUGUUUCUAGUGUGUUUCAGAUCCUAACAGGUGGAAUCGACCUCGGGAAUGAAAGUUGGACGAAAAUGGGUGACAACGGAUCGAAAGGAGGAAGCAGCUGAGGAUCAUGGUGGAAGCCGAGUUUUCACAGUCACUCAGACUGUGAUAAUGGAGCCCAGGCUGUGAAGUUCAAAGGAACUAGACAUUCUGCGCGCCUCUCGGGCCUAAAUGAGAUCACGGUCACCCGAACGGUGAUGAUCCGCCCUAGCCGUGAAGGGCGUUAAUGAAACGGGGCAUUUCUGUUUGAAAUCACGAUCCUGGCUUUGAGUUCGCCACAGUGAACUGGGACCGUGAAACGUCAUCGAUAUGGGUAUAAAAGGAUACGUGAGCUGAAAGAGGAGAGCCUAGUGAGAGAAUUUAUUCUUCCUCAGAUUUCUAAAGAGAGUGACGAACAAGAGAGGAGAAGAAAGUUAGGGUUUCAUCCAAGCUUCAAGAUUUGGUAAUCUCAUUCUCCAAGGUUGAUCUCCACACAAAAGGAAGAAGGAAAACAUCUCAAGAUGGUCUUUUAUCUUCUCCCUUAUGUAUUCCCUAGUCUUAGCAUGGAGUAGUUCCCUUCUUUCACUUGGGUGUUUGUGAACCCUAGCUAGAAUUAUGUGAUUGUUUGUAUGAAUCGAAUGAUUUGUGUGUGGUUAUGACCUGGAGUAAUCCAACACACUCAAGCACAUAUGUGUGCUCCGAGGGUAGGGGUGUCGGUUCGGGUAACUAAACCAAAACCCAAAAUACUUGAAAACCUGAAACUGCAAUCCUUUUAAAACCGAACCCAAAACCGUUAAGAGAUUUUACGAUUUUGGUUAACCGAAACUGAAUAGUCUCGUAACGGUUUCUGGUUCAAGUAAGGCAAAACCAAAACACACUAUGGAAUAUGAAGAGUUUAUAAUGCUAGAGUAGUCAUUUGCAUUUAGUGGGCGCCCCAACCGCCCCUUUCUGACUUCGAAAUCCCUCACUACCGAGGUUAUAUUUUGGCAUCUCUAAUAUUUGGUAUUUACCCUACCCUAAUUGCAUGUCUUUGGUAGUUUGGGUCCUCUUUGCUAUUUAUUUAUUUAUUUUGUUUCUCUUUGAAUAUGUACAAACUAGAAAGCUGGAAAUGUCGAAAAGAAAUGGGCGGAGUGGGUGCUUUUAGGCUGGAAACUCAGCCCACCACCAGCUGCAACAUAUCAACAGUCAUUAUGCAAAAAAAUUCUAUCAACAGUUGCCAUUGUAGAACAUCACACCAUAUCCAUGGGACCUCUAUAAAUCUUAGUGGAAAAAACUUACAGGAAGAGAAGGCUUUGUAUGGUGGAGGGUUUUCAAUAAUAAAAAAACAGACAAAAGUCGUUGAUCAUUUUUUUUUCUUUCCCCUUUUCCUUUCUAUUUUUCAUGUCUGCUUGGAGAUCGUUAACGGAGCCAAUUGCUUGUUCUUUUGGUCACGGAGAUCUGAGCUCCUAGAUUCAGGAAUCCAUCUCUGACUUAUCGUCUGAAGCAAAUGGGCUCAUCGUCGGAUCCAAAGUUUAGCCGAGAGAGAAAUCUUCAUCAAAUUCUUGGAGAAGGUUUAGUUACAGAUGUAGUACUAUGGAGGCAAACCAACAUCUCGGCGGGGAUAUUACUAGUAACAGUAGCUUCUUGGGGGAUUUUUGAGAUCUCUGGCUACACUCUUCUCUUGCUUGUUUCUAGUGUGCUUCUCCUCCUUCUGAGCAUUCUAUUUCUCUAGGCCAAAUCAGCUGCAAUUCUCAACAGGUAAUUUAAACUCGCCAUUUUUUUAUCUUCGCUACGCAUUGAAAAUGGUUGAAUCAAGCCCCCAAAUAGCUUCACAAAACUUGCAGAUAAUGACUCUUGUGAAAAUGUUUGGUCUUGCCCCUUUUAAUAAAGCAGACCUCCUCCACCUCUACCAAAAUUGUAGCUCUCCGAAGAAAUAAUGAACCAAGCUGUAACUUUGAUAAGAACCCAUGUGAAUGAGUUGCUUGCUGUUUCUCAGAACAUUGCCUUGGGGAAAGACACAAAGCUCUUCUUCAAAGUGGUUGCAUGUCUCUUGCUAAUAUCGGUUGUUGGAGGCAUGAUUGAUCUUCUCACUUUGGGCUAUACUAGUAAGUAUUCCAUUCCUCCCUCCCUUCCAUCCCUAUCACAUUUUAGUGUAAGGUUAUGUUAUCACGGGUAUUUCCCAUAACUAAACAUAUGUUGUGUGCUAUGAUUUGCAGGUCUGCUGAUGAUUUUGACCGUCCCAGUAUUGUACGAGAUAUAUACGGAUGAUGUUGAUAGAUACAUUAAGAUGACUAAAUAUAAGUUACAGAAGAUGUAUAACAAAAUUGAUGUGGGGGUUAUUGGUAGAGUGAAAAAAAUGUAUAUUGGAUAAGCAGAAACUAAGUUGAUUCCUUCCAUUUUAGUUCCUUUUUUAAUUUCUUUUCCAAUUUGGUUGUGUCCUCCAAGGUGCUGAGUGAUUAAUGAAUAGGGGCGCUUUUGUGGAGCUUUGCUAAUUCUUUUUUAUUUUUAUUUUAUGAAAUGGUGUUGUAUCAUUUCGUCAAAAAACAGUGUGCUCUAGCAACAAUCUUAGUUAACUAAGUGUUUACACUAUACCCAUACUGGAAUCAACUGUCAAAACUAUACACCCAUCUAUAUACUAGAAUCUACACUGUCUGCGUACCAUUCUCAUUCAACACACACCCAGAAAUGGGAAGUUUUGUCGCCACUAGUCUUGAGUACAACCUAUUCUUUGAGUCGAGGCAACAAAACUUCAACAGAUAAAGCUCCACCUGCCAUCUUCCUCCUGUAACACUCUCUCCAAACUCAACCUAAAAGUGAAGUCCAUAUUGCUCAUCCAUUAAGAGCCAAUGGAGUAUUCUUCAAGAAAUUAUGUGUUGCCCACCAAACCUCCAAUGCAUACAACCUUUUGUAAACACAUCAAGAGGCAAAUAAAUUAGAUUUGAUUUCAAUCUCCUCUCCACAGAAAUAACAUGUAAUAGAUCCUAUAAAACCUCGUUGCAUCAUUUUGUCUCCUGUCUGUAUAUAAUUUCGAGCCACAAUCCAAGAAAGGAACUGGUUUCUAGGGAUGGGGUGUCUUUCUCGAUAAUCGUCCACCAAGAUUCUCUAAAAUCCUGGAUCUCAACUCUUCCUAGACUCGUUUAAUAGAAAACUAAAGCAUAGCCACAAAAUUCCACCUCGCUACUACUCCUGGAACAAAAAAGGAACUGUGAACUCUAUCCCUCAGCUUCAUGAUCUUUUGACAAAGCUAGGAAUCACAUUUGCCUUUCUAAAUUCAUAAAUUCCUAUUAUUCGGGCGAUAUUCGUUAAUCUAUGCAAUUCACAACGACCCUUAGUCAAGCAGUAUUGCCCGAUGAACAAUGCAAACAGAGUUCCAAGAACACAAAUCUCUCACACCUAGUCAACCUUCACAAUUGCUUUCUUCAUUUGCCCUUCAACUAAUCCCACAUAAACUUUCUACAUAAUC